AGCACCCGACGAAGUACCUACAGGAGUACCUCUAGCAGUACCUCGAGUACCACCUCACUUCGAUCCAGGUCCUCCCUCGCGCUGAGGUGCCCUCCCCCCACCACUCAAGGCCGCCCGCCGCCCUCCACCACCACUUCCAGGGCAGCUACCCACCUACCUUACCUACCUACCCUACCUCGUCCUCCCAGCUUGUCCAUCGCCGUUGGGCUACAGCUUCCCUUUCUCCCCUCUUCAGUUCCCAUCUCUCUCUCUUGGCCGACAUCUCUCAGUUUGGUCCCCCUUGUCCAACCUGUCCUGCCACAGCAGCAGCUCUAGGUAAUCUGCCAGCGCUUCCUCUGACAUCUCACCCAACCUCAGAUAUCCGGCAUCUGUCUGGGUCACCUCGCUGCCAGUCGCUUCUCGCACCCCAACGUCAAACAGCCAGACAAACCGGAACAAGAGCGACCGCUUUUGCCCGGCCAGCCCUUCCAUCCGUCUAUCCAGCAUACUAUCGCGUCUGGCCAUCUCCCACCAGACCAGCUUGCGCAAUAAGAAUAGUGCGCAGCCCUCGCUCGCUCGCCCGCCCCGCCCGUGUCGCCUCUCUUUCCCUCCUGUCCCCUUCGCUUUGCAUUUCCUGUUCUUUUGUCACGACAGCAGGACAGGUUAAAUUUCAGAAGGAACGCUGAGCAGAGAAGCAAACAAGAAAAUCCUGAGCAUUUGUUGGCUUCUGUUGCCCCUGCCUGGGUUCACCAACGAUUGAUCGCCUUGAUCGAGUCGGGCAUUCGAUUAGGCUUGGAGACACUAGCCAGCGCAGCACAACACAGCGUCACCCCUUUCCCUCCUUCUCGGGUGGUGUGCUACGACAAUCCCACCAUGGCGACUGUUAGCCGUCAGCCGUUUGCUCCUCUUGACCACACGCGGUUAAAGACACUGACGAGCCUCAAGAACCGACAGAAUGCCCUCUCCACCUCCCCAGUUAAGCGCAAGGCUUCCGAGGUGGUGGACGCCGACGACUCUGAAAAUGUCGACCCAGUGCUCUUCUCCAAGCGGUCAAAGGGAGCCGGCGCUGAUGGAACUGGGUUCGUGAAGCCCUUAUUCAAGCCUUCCAAUUUUGUGAUGACCAAGGCGGCUUCCACCUCCAACCUCUACGGCGCUGCCAGUCUUCCCCCAAGCAAGCUCUCUUCCUCCAAGCCGCGCACCUUUCUUCAGCCAAAAUCACCAGCUUCCCGUCUCAGCACUACCGGCACGCCCAGUCCCCUAACCGCCCCAGCUGGCCGUUCCCCAACCCGCGGCUCCAAGCGGAUUGGCAUUCUCUCUAAGCGCCGCCAUACGCAGCGGAUUGAUCCCCCAUCCUUUGGCCUCGGCACCGGCUCCUCAGUUCCCUUUUCGCUCGAUGCCGCCCUCAAGGGCUCCAUCCCAGCCUACUCUGGCUCUCUGCGGACCUCUGCCGCGCCCGUCCCCGCUGCUGCCCCUGCCUCUUCGGAUUCCUUCCUGCUGUCCACGGGCGGCAUGCAAUCCUCGUGGUUCUUUGACAUCCACGAAGACACGCCGGAACAGGAGAUGACGAACCUUCUUCAGCACGGCACCUGCACCCUUGACAUUAGCAGCGACGAGGAGUCUGAGCGACGCCAGAGUCGCGACCGAGCCGAGGGCAGAGACAAGGAGAACAUUCCCCCUGCCGACGAUAUCUCCCAGACCUCUGCUCGACAGGCCGCCAGAGUGGGCGACGUCGAUGACAUGAUCAUUGAGAAGCAGAGGGGUGCUCUUGUUGAAAUGAAUGCCGCCGACUACUACGCUGAAGGAUGCACCAAGGACAGCGUGGUGCUCGUCCCCUGGGAUGAAGAAGAAGCUGAGACGGUCGUUGGGGACAACGGUCAGUACCAGCAGCAGCAGCAGCACCAGCACCACGUCCUGCCAGAAGAGGGCGAGCAACAAUCGUAUGGCGGAGAGCAGCGGCAGAAACGGACGACACUUGCCGAUGUGGAGUCUGUAAACGUCGACGACAUCAUGGGCAACAGCGACGGAACUUCCCUCAAAGCGGCGGUGCUGGAGCCUAUGGAGGGAACCGGGGAGAGCUUUGAGCUGUGGGAGAGCACCUCAGCCAAAGAAGAAGGUGAUGCUCCUGCUUCUCCUCUGCCCAUGGCUGACGAGAGCCAUGAAAAUCGAGUAGUUGGAGUUGAGUGUGUGGCCUAGAGAGUCCAGUACGCUUUUCUUUUUCUGUCACUUUCUUUGCUCUUGAUAUCGCAGAAGGUGUUUUUCGGGACAUGCGUUUGGUGCUGCGUUUAUUGUUUUGUCUCUUUGUGGAGUCGCUUUGAUGUUUUGCGUUUUCGAACGCCCAUAUAGCUCGGUCCGAGAGCUGGGAGGUUCUGCUCUGAUGGCUAGGUUGGCACAAGGGAAUGGGAAUGCUGCUGUUUUAGGAGUCUAUUUUCGGCUGGCUGGAAAGGAGGCUUGGUCCGGCUCCCGUCAUCUGUCCCGUGGCUUGUUAGACUGGCUUGGGAAGGACGCACGGGCACAUUGUUCCAGACACAACCAAGUUGGCAUUUGUGGAAAUGGAUCUGGUGUUUUCUUGGUGUUGGGGUCUACCUGGGCGGGCGGAACUUUUGUUGACUUUUGGGCAAGGUAUGAUGGAUGGAGGUCUGGUGUUAUGUACAGUUGGAUGGUGGGAUGGGUAAACUAGCUACUUCAUGGUACCGGCACAGGUAAUUUAUUCGCUUUCAACUAUUGACCCAGAUUUCGUAUGAUACC